CUCAUUGGCUGAGGCCGCUGGAGCCCAGGGGAUUGCCUGGCACCGGCUGCAAGGCCCUGCUUCAUUCACAGAAACGCUGGCUCUCUCGCUAGCCUUUUCAUUCACACAAACAGCAUUUCAUUCACAUUUUGCUGUUUUUGUCCGCAUCUAAUGAAGAUCUCGCUUUGGGAAUGAUAGGGCUGUUUCGCUUCAGAUCUGGGGAGGACUCUGAUAACCAUCAAAAUCUUCUAUGGGGUGUGCAAUUGCUGUUGCUAUGCAAGCCAGGGGAAAGGAACAAAUGAGUGCCGUGUGGCUGUUCUGCUAGGGCUGCGGCACAGGAGGCGAGCCGUGGGGACGCGCUUCCUGUGCCGGGGACGCCGCGGCUCCUCUGCGCUCCUGCGUCCUAGUGGUUGGCUUCACCCGCUCGCCCGCCAUGAGUGGUGCUCAUUAAACGCUGCUCCGUAGAGCAGGGUUCAAGACUGGGGACCUCACGUGCCCCACAUGUUCGGUCAUGGGCGUGAGAGGACUCAGGGUGACCUGAGAGUGCGCUAAAGGUGAAUUUAUUCUCUUGCUCGGAAGUUGCGGGGAAACUUUGAUAGUGAGUGUUUCACUGUGGAGCAGGUGAUCUUAAUGCAUGAGGAAGGCUGGCAGAGCCCACUGAAGUCAAGAGUCAGCUUCAGUCUCGGGCAGACCUUCGGGGACGGCGAAAGCCUUGCUCUCCUAACUGAGAGGAAGAAGGCCUGUGCAUUUUACUUGCAAGCCCGAGCCUGACUCCUGAAAAGAAGGCAUAUUUUCCCCCCUGUGGAUUUGAUGUGCAAUGAGAACAGCUGCAUUUUUUCCUUCCUGACUGCAGGGUUGCAAGCAGCAACCGAAGGAACACUGAAAUGUAUUUGCAGCAUUUCUUAGGCGUUUUUCCAGACCUUAAACACAUUCAGUAGGAAUAAAGCUUCAAAUGCAGCCCCUAUUUUGGAAUGGAUUUCUGGAGCCUGUAGCCACUCGUCAAAGCAGCAGUUUUCUUCUUUUUUGGACGUGGAUAUUCAACUUAACCCUGGCUGAGAAAGACUGCUGUAAAUUAGCAGGGAAGACCCCUUGAUUGGCACUGUGCAGAAGUUCAUAUGCAGAUUUUUUUUUUAAGGAACUGCAUUGCCACAAAGACACUUGUCAUCGCUGCUCUGUUCAUUUGAAAAGAAAAAGAAAAACCCAGGAAAUUGGUAUUUUAUGUUCACCUGGUGGUGAAUAUCCUUUUUGUUUUUUCUAUUUAAAAAUUCCUGCUGCCUUCCAAGUCAGGAUUCAUCAGGAUUCGCUGAAGAUCUGAUUCUUAAAAAGCCUUCGUCACAUUUUAACGCAUCGCUGUUAGACACUUUUACAGGCUCACACAGAUGGGCUGAGCAGGGACGAGCAAACCCUAACAGAAUAAUGGGUUUCAGAAAGUUCAUUUGACGAUUUGAAGGAACUGGAUUGGAUUUACCUUUGGCACAAAUGCAGAGUGCGGGGGAUGGGAAGGUGAAAAAUCAAAGGUUGGAAGGAAAUCUCUGGGAAGGUAGAAAAAGGAAAUUUGAGAAUUGAUUGGCUCUAGUGUGCUGUCAGCGGGUGGAUGUCGUUUUUUUCUUCUUUUUUCCUUUUUUUUUUUUUCUGCUACAGGAAGUGAUUUGCAGUGCUCACCGAGCCUUUGUUGAGAAGGGUCUCCUCUCAGAGUGAGUCAUGCUUUUGCUGUGAGCAGCCCCAAGCAGCUGGGCGCUCCAUCAGAGGCAACUAUGACUUUUGCAAAGCAAACGUGCAACCCCAAGCAGUGGUCUCCCGGGCCGGGGCUGCGCGGCCGCUGCUGUGCUGGUUUUUAAUGGUGGGAGGGCACCAUUCUCGUGCUCUGCUCUCCCUCUCCAGAAGGCUGUCCCGGGGCCCCCACUCUCCGUCCCGCUCCGGGGACAGCGGCUCGCCUGCUAUGCGCGGCAGCCCGCGCCGGGGCCGGCACCAGCAGCGCCCGGGCGGAUGCAGCGAGCCCACGGAGGGGCAUGCUUCCACGCACCAAGUACAACCGCUUCAGGAAUGACUCGGUGACAUCGGUCGAUGACCUUCUCCACAGUCUGUCGGUGAGCGGCGGCGGAGGCAAGGUCUCGGCGGCGCGCUCGACCCCGGCUGCGGCUCCCUACUUGGUGUCCGGCGAGGCGCUGCGCAAGGCGCCCGACGAUGGGCCCGGCAGCCUGGGCCACCUGCUCCACAAGGUGUCCCACCUGAAACUCUCCAGCUCCGGCCUCCGCGGCCUGUCGUCGGCCGCCCGGGAGCGGGCGGGCGCGCGGCUCUCCGGCAGCUGCAGCGCGCCCAGCCUGGCUGCCCCGGACGGCAGCGCGCCCCCGGCGCCCCGCGCCCCGGCCAUGAACGCCGCCAGGAAAGGCCGGCCAGGCGACGAGCCGCUGCCCAGGCCCCCUCGGGGGGCGCCGCACGCCAGCGACCAGGUGCUGGGGCCCGGAGUCACCUACGUGGUCAAGUACCUGGGGUGCAUUGAAGUUCUGCGCUCAAUGAGGUCUCUUGACUUCAGUACAAGAACACAAAUUACCAGAGAAUUUCCUAUCUUCAGGACUUGGCUGAGGCUGGGAGAAGCUGUGUGGAGUGGAAAACGGACACUGAGGAAGAAUGGCAGGGAAGCCAUCAGCCGUGUCUGUGAAGCUGUGCCUGGUGCCAAGGGAGCCUUCAAGAAGAGAAAGCCUCCAAGCAAAAUGCUGUCCAGCAUCUUGGGAAAGAGCAACCUCCAGUUUGCGGGAAUGAGCAUCUCUCUGACCAUCUCCACUGCCAGUCUGAACCUGCGAACUCCAGACUCCAAACAGAUCAUAGCGAAUCACCACAUGCGGUCCAUCUCCUUCGCCUCUGGAGGAGACCCGGACACAACUGAUUAUGUUGCAUAUGUGGCUAAGGACCCUGUUAAUCGCAGAGCUUGUCACAUUUUGGAAUGCUGCGAUGGGCUGGCCCAGGAUGUCAUUGGCUCCAUAGGACAAGCCUUUGAGCUCCGGUUUAAGCAGUAUUUGCAGUGUCCUACCAAGAUUCCCGCUCUCCAUGACCGAAUGCAGAGUCUGGAUGAGCCAUGGACGGAAGAGGAGGGAGAUGGCUCAGACCACCCAUAUUACAACAGCAUCCCAAGCAAGAUGCCUCCUCCAGGGGGCUUUCUUGAUGCUCGGCUGAAACCCAGACCCCAUGCUUCUGACACAGCCCAGUUUGCAGGAAAAGAGCAGACUUAUUACCAGGGAAGACACUUAGGAGACACCUUUGGCGAAGACUGGCAGCAAACGCCUUUCAGGCAAAGUGAGAGGCAAGGGUCCUUGGACAUCUACAGCAUGCCAGAAGGGAAACUGCACAUGGCCCCCACGGGAGAAGCACCCACCUACGUCAACACCCAGCAGAUCCCACCGCAGGCCUGGCCAGCUGUGGUCAGCAGUGCUGAGAGCAGCCCGAGGAAAGACCUCUUUGACAUGAAACCUUUUGAAGAUGCUCUCAAGAACCAGCCGUUGGGUCCCAUGUUAAGCAAGGCAGCCUCCGUGGAGUGCAUCAGCCCUGUGUCACCCAGAGCCCCGGAUGCCAAGAUGCUGGAGGAGCUGCGAGCUGAGACUUGGUACCAAGGAGAGAUGAGCAGGAAGGAGGCAGAGGGGCUGCUGGAGAAAGACGGAGACUUCCUGGUCAGGAAGAGCACCACUAACCCAGGCUCCUUCGUCCUCACGGGCAUGCACAAUGGCCAGGCCAAGCACCUGCUACUCGUGGACCCGGAAGGCACGAUCCGGACAAAGGACAGAGUCUUUGACAGUAUCAGCCACCUCAUCAACCACCACCUAGAGAGUAGCCUGCCCAUCGUCUCUGCAGGGAGCGAGCUGUGCCUCCAGCAGCCAGUGGAGAGGAAGCAGUGACCUGGCCAGUGCUGCUCCCAGCACUGUGCACCAGGUCAGGAGGACCCGGAGUGGGCUGCAGUAGGGGCUGUAGGAACUGGGGCAGCUGCCUGUGGCUCAGAGUCUUCUUCAACAGCUCCAGAAGGAAGGCUGCUUCUAAGGUCAAGUUUCAUAAACUUGGUUCUGAAUUUCUCAUAUGCAUAUUAAAGGUGUACAUACCUAUACAUCCUGUACAAAUUAUCCCUCUAUAUUUAUAUUUUUUAAGACUAAGAAAGAUGUAAGACUAACAUUCUGUGCUGUAUGUUUUUAAUGGAAAAAAGUUUGACUGUAGUUGUCCAGGCAAAAAUUUAAUUCAACUGACCCAUUCUGCUGGGAAAUGCCACUAGAAAGGUGUAGCCUGCAGUUUUACCUAAUAAGCACAAUUGGAGGGGACUAGAAACGCAGAAUUGUGAUGGAAUCGCAAGGCGUGCUGCCCAGAGUGUGCCUAGUCCUGCACUGAGAGCUAUGAGACACUGGUUCCGAGGCAUGGCUGUGCUUGCUGGAGGGAGUGGGCAUCCUCCCUUGGCCUCCCUGGGACACCUCCUUUGCUCCCUGCACUGCAUGCCACAGACGACUCACUGCAGCUUCACUAAAGAGCAGGUGGUACUCCGGCUCCUCUGGGUCCUGCUGAGCACAGGACCUUGUCACCCUUGAUCCCAGUUAUGUGAGGAGUACUUGGGAAUUCAUUUCAUGCCAUUUUUGAAUGGCACAAAAAAAGCCUCCCCAAUCAAAAUCUUGAUUGACAGAUGCUUCCCUGUUCUCGUGCAUGUAAUGCUAAAAUGGAUAUUUGUAGAAGGGGCGGUUGGGGCGAACUCCUGGUCUGUGUCUCCUAGUCAGUGGUUGACUGUAGGCUGCUUGGGGUAGUUGCAAGCAAAGUUCCCCUCCUGCCUUGUAUUCAACAGGGGAGAAGCCUGUGUGAGAGCAAGAGUAGGUCCCAUUCCAGAGCUCAGUCCCGGAGACUCAGGCACUGAGGCCCCCAGGCUGUGUGUGCCAGAGGCCUGACCCAGCCCCAGGAGUCACUGGAAUCCAUUUGCCAUUCUGCCUCUGGAGAGAGGGAUGGGGGAAAAGCCUGCUGCCCCUACAACAAGGUUUCCCAGUCAUGCAGGGAAGGGCGUGCGCCCCACCCCACUCUUUGUCUUGAUUCCCUUCCUUCCAGGUAAAAUAUGGUCAUUUCCUGAGAAGUCAUUUGGUGUUAGAAAGCUGGCAAUGUUUAUAGCUUUGAAAUACUAUCUGGGCUGAGACCGCCCUGUGAUUUUGACAGACAGCCUUUAAAAAACAGUUGGAUCUGUUUGCUCGAUGGUAGCUUGGCUCUCUUUCUGGUGAGACCCCACAGGGUAUAGCACCCUGUACGGUAAGGGUCAGUGCAACAGAAAGACAGCCUGAACACACUUAGAGUUGGAUAGUGAUAGAUCUGAUCCCGUAAGGAGAGUUACGAGGAGACUGAACAGUCUGGCAGAGAACAAUACUGCUAAGUUCUAAUGCCCACGGCGUGAGCCCCGUUUCUGCCCUGGGGUGUGUGUAGCCAGAUGGAAGGACCCGUUAGAGCUAACCAGUGAGGAUGAGUCGGGGCAGGCCCAAGCCUUCGCUGGGGGUUUUGCCCUUUGAGGGUCUAUGAAUUAGAGAUGACAGUGAAGUCAAUGUUCUAGAAGGUUCUGCAGUGGAUUGAAACUCUGGAGAGUCAGUCCGACACUAAUCUAGACUGCCCUGCUGCUUCCUGAAAUGGUUUUGGCUUCAGGCAUCAUGUAAAUGUUCUGCUCAGUGAUUCAGAAACAGAGGGCUGCAGGGGGUGCCGGCAGCAGCUGCAUCAGCCUCCUGCCCCAAGACGGCGCAGAGUUGGGUGCUCUGAGAGCUGCCCUGCACAUCUGUCCUCGGAAGGCCUGGAGCCCUGGAGAGAUGCAUGCAGCUCUGACCCACCUGUGCGUGAAUGUGCACCACUGGAAAAUGUGCAAAAUGACCUUCUUUUAACAUUCGUGCAUUCCCCUCUUGUGAAAGGUCAAAAUGCUAUUAUAACGUUCAGGGAGAAUAGCAAAACAGGAAAUGCGAGUUAGGAGCCGUGAAUGCUGUGGCACUUGAUUUACUUGAUUUUUCUCUUGGGGGGACUUGAAUGAUAAUCUGCAGCUUUAGUAGCUCUUGCUGUGAAGUCAGUGUCUGGUUCAAUGGUGACAGAAAACAUAUAUUUUUUUUUUGCAUGAGAAUCAAUUUAGAAAAUAAAAAGUAUUGGAGUCAAAUUUUUUCUUUUUAAUAUUAAUUCAAAAUAUAUAUUUUUAACCUUGGAUUAUAAGGUUGAUCACACUAGAAUAGUGCCAGUGAGGCGAACAGGUUCAGACAUCGCAGAUGGCAGCGAUUUUCUAAUCUUUGUUCCCUUCCAUUUGGAAAGUGUGUUAGAGCACACAUUAGUUAUCCCGACUCUUCCCUCCAGCACCGUGUGCUGGGCCAUUCCUGUGAGCCUCAUUGACACAUGGGGAAACUGAGGCAGGGGCUGGUGCUGCACCUUGCUGGAGGCCAUGUUGUCAUCUGGCUGCAGCGCUCUUCUGCUCACUCAGCGUUUCCUGAGCCUGCUGCGUGCCAGCCUGUGCUUUGAGGUCAGGAUUCCAAGGCAAAGGCAAUGGAGCCUCCUUGUUGCCUAGCCUGCGCCCCUUUUCCCCCUGCUUUCUCAGACUACAUCUCUGCCUGGGCAAGGCAGGAAGCUGAACAAUGAAUGCAGGGGGAGCGGCACUACGCCUUGCCUUCCAGGGCCUCAGGCUUCCAGGACACAGUCGCUGCUGCUGUGCUGGGCCACCCUGAGCCUGCAGAGUGCACCUGGGCCCUGUUGCCCUCCCAAUGGGUACCAACACUUAACCCAGAAUUCUGUGUCUUCUGGGAGUUACAAGAUAGGGGCCAGCAGUCCUAAAUGGCUCCUCUGCCCUUACAGAGUGGCCUUGGAGACCCCCACCCAGCUUUCCUCUCCCUAUGAAUGAAUCAGCUGUGCUUCAAAUGACAUCUCUGUCCAGCAGAGGCCAGCUGGGCCUCUCAUGGGGGUACUCACUGUGGUUGAAGUCAGCUUCAAUUCUUGACCCUCCAAGGUAGCCUCUGAGUAGCUCACUGGAGAAUCGGGUGGGCAGGUGAUAAACACCACAGUCAAAUGACUCAAUCUUAAAUCCCGUGCUUAAGACACCACUGUUGCUGCUUUUAUAUUUGAGGGGUCUAAAGACUGGGUGUCCACUCAGCCUUGAUGAGCGGGUGGCUAUUUUCUCAAGCCAUCUCUAACGUUGGGGUAAUGGACAAAGGCCUGACUGGGCCACAUAUGGCUUUUUUAGUGCUUCCUGGAGGUGGAGGCGCUCUGAGUAAUUUCUAAUGAAGACAGAAAAUGACAAGCCAUGUAUGUAUGUAAAGGCCUAACUUAGAAGGAAAGACAGGCCCAGGGGAGCAUGGACCCUAAACGGUCCAUGUGCUGGGGGCACAGUGGACAUGUGUGUCCAGCCCAGCCUCUAUGCCUGGUGCUGGCAUUCUGAGGAUGGCCCCCAGCUCCCGAAGUAAAGCUUUCCUUUUCAGUGACAUCCGACAUGUGGCUAGCUUCUUUCUAUAAGCAGAGCUUUAAGAUGGACAUCUGGGUCCUCAUUUCCUCCCUAUUGGCCGCCACCUGAAGGCAGUCACACAUGUCCUUUCUGUUGGGCUGAGCUGGGCAGAAGCCUCAGACUGUAGGCCUUCCCAGAACAGGGGCAGCGCUGGCCACGAGUAAUACCUCCCUCCAGCCUCCACCCUGGCACACCCAGAUGGCAUGGACUCUGAGCCUUGGCAUGCUCUACACCACAGGGCUACACAUGUUCCCAGCUUGAGAGAGUGCUGGGGAUUGACAAGUAUAUGAAACAUAUAAAGCGCAAUGACUUUCUAAAAUUCUGCGUUCCCAACGUGCCCCUCGGUUCUCUCUCACUGGUUCAGGUUUGUGUGCCGUCCAUAAAUCCCUUUCUGUGGAUGGUGACAAUAGGAUUGGGGGUGGGUGGGAGGAUGGUGGAAAGACUGGGAAGAGGUCAUCGCAGGACCCAGACAGGCCUUCGCAGUGGGUUUCAGAGUAACACUCAGGUUCUCUGGUGGAACUUUCAAAGCUGGCUCCAAGAAAGACCAAGUAGAUAAACCCACUCUUGGACAUAGUGCCAACCUAGAACUGUCAGCUCCUAGAGCUGUCCUGCGGAGGCCGGCCGGGCGUCUCAUGGUGGUGCUCAUUGUGGUUGAAGUCAGCUUUGAUUCUUGACCCUAACUCAGGAUCACAGGGAAGGGAGCUUGGCAAGACAGCACAGCUGGGGCCCCACUUUUCAGAUGAAACUGGAGCCAUGUAAGGGGCUGGGGAUCGACUUAGGAAAGAGCACAGCACUCACAGCGUCCUGGGCCUGCACGUAAAGCUUGCCCCCCAUGGAAACGACAAGGAGUGCUUCCCGCCCCAGGUUCUACCUCUGUGCUCCCUCUAAAAAUGCGUGAAAGCCUGAGUUAUUCAGAUGCGAGAGGCAGUGUUUCUGUUUCCUCUUUCUUAGUUGGUCUCCUUAGAAGGAGACCCUGAGAGAGGACUUGAGGGUCAUGUAGUUUAUUUGAGUGAAGAUCCCAGGAGUAGGGAGAGAAGGAAGCUGACGAGGAAGGCGUACAUUAUCAAGUAAGUUACUGUGAUGUGUCGUGUGCACAGCCGAAUCCCACUGGGAAACCCCGAGAGACAGAGCUGACACCCCAGAGUUAAUCCAGCAAAAUGGGGAGACAGCUGGGGUAUUUAUUCACCAAGUCUAUCACUGAUGGAAGGCUGUUUCAGAAACAAUGUCUGACUGGCCCUGCACACACCUAAGCAUACUUCCCAAGCCGGGGAAGUCCUCGGGCUGAGAGACAGGCAUGCAUGACAAGCAGACCUGGAGUGGAAGGCAGGCAUCAGAACUAGCUCGUGAGCUGGUUCAGACACAGACUGCAAGCCUGCUACCCCCUGCUAUCCCCCACCCCCCAAAUCCCUCAGCCCCCAACCCCCUCCCUGCCCUUGCCCCCACCAAGUUCCUGACACCCUAGGUCUGGAGUGGGGCCCGAGAAUUUGCAUUUCAAAAAAACAUCUCAAAGUGAUGCUGGUGCAGCUGCUCUGAAGUCUUGACUUUGAGAACCACUCACUGGUGAGAGUUUCCAGCCCUUACCUGUCUCUUAUUGAUGGUUCCCCCCUCUAAUUUAUAAUUAUGUUUUCACACCACUUCAUGUCACAGAUCCCAUGGUCCGUGCUGUGAAUUUAGAAGUGGAGAAUUAAUAAGCAUUUAUAACUCCAUGCAACCAUUGCUGGCAGCUUAAAUGCCAUCUGCCAGCCACAAUUUAUUUAUAAUGGGGUUUAUACAUAUUUAUAAGUUUGCAAGCAACAAAUGCACAGUUUUUAAACUGGCACAUUUUAUAGCAGCCAGAAAAAUUGCAACUUUAUACCAAGACUUGUGAAUGUGAAUUGCAUAUGUAUAUACAUACAUGCAUAUACUUACAUUGAUUAAAAACAGAUCUGCAGCUCUGUGUACACACGUGGGUUGGCUCUGUGCUGUGCACCUUGGGACUCCUCCCUGGGCUUUGGUUUUAUAACUAACAAGGACAACCAGGAAGUCAAACAAACGUGAAGAAUUUGGGAAUUGGCAGAUUGUGGCAUUGGCCAUGGAGGAUGGUCUUGGAUGCUGCCGGAUGUGGGACCCAGUACAAAGGGAACAGGAACAGGACAUGAGGACAGGGGUUGGGGGAGCCCAUUGUGGGAAAUGACAGAGAAGCCAGCAGGGGAAGAUAAGGAAAGAAGAAGGUGGAGGCAGGAUAAAUGUGACAAGGGAAGGGGAGGAUAAAACAAGUCUAGAUUUAGAUCUUUGUUCAUGCAGCCAUGCACAGGCAUGAGGCCAAUGGGGAAGGAGCAGAAAGGGAAGGUGUGGUGGAGGAAGCUGUGCUUGUGAUGUCAUGUUUUGGUGUAUUCCCAGGUGCAGCUGCAUAUACUUGGCACAGUCUCUUGGCAUUUCUAGCCAGCUUCUUGGCCUCAUUCAUGCAUUAGUUAAUAUGUGGCUGGCCCUGUACUGGGAUUGAGAGAUAGAGAAGCAAAUACAACUCUGCCUGAGUUUAUAACCUAGAAAGAAAUAAAGACACACACAUAUACACACACAAAGAUGUUGAAUUGUUAAAAGCCUUAGGUACUAGUGUGUCCAGGUUCACUAGAACCAGCAAGGGCAGAGCGCCCAGGUCAGUUUGGGGACUCUGGAGGCUUUGCACUGAAGGCAACUGAGUGUUAGUGGCAUGGAGGAGAGCGUGGAAGGCUCUGGAUGGGGAGGGACAGCCUGGAGGCACCACUCUCAGUAGAGAUGCUAGAAGAGGCGGGAGGCAAUCCCAGCCUCCCUUCUUUCCUCCCCCUGGCUGUCACAGAUGCUCUGAAUAGAUGAAUCCCUCAGGCCCGAAACACACAGGCUCCUUCCCUAGGGCUAGAAAAAUGGUUCUUGCUGAAAAGCACCAGGAAUAAAAUCUCAUACAAUUUUAAGUGUCUAUUUUUUUGUCUCACCUUGAAAUACUGCAGACAGAAAAAUACACACAUGGGGAAGGAAUGCUGCGGUCCUGAGCUUUGAGGUAAUGAAUUUGCACUCACGUGGACAUUUUUACCAUAACCAAAGUUUCUAACCACCAAAUCAAGUGACAAUUAAAACAGACAUUAAUAGGUAAAUCCGUCUUUAAAUAUUAACGGGGUUUUUUUUUUAAUAACUAUGUGUUGGUUGCAAGUGGAUUGUUCUCUGUUCAUUUGACUUUUGGAUAUAACUUGUUCCAGAAUAUUGUAAAAUUAAGUAUGUGAAUGUUUCUUUGUAUUCAGAAUUAAACAUUUGGUGUUAAAAUCCCAGGAUUAGGAGACAACUCCAUGUAAAUUUAAUGUGUAAUAAUAAGAUAGUUACUUUUUAAAAAGCAUUUGGAUGGCAAAUUAUACAUAUUGACAGAUGAGUAUUAUUUGAAAAUUGUUUUGUUUUCAUUAACUUUUGUGAAGCAAAAAGAAUGACUGUAAUGGUCUGCGUCUUGGCAUGUUGCCAAUUCACCACUUUCUACUUUGUGCUGAAACAGAACUGGCUUUUUGGACAUCCCUGAGGAGUGGAAAUGCAAAACGAAUUUCAAGUUCUCUAAUCUUUGUUCUACAACAAAUGGUAAAACCUAAGUUAUCUGGUCAAUCUUUUGGAGAUUUGACAACACAGCAGGUGAAGAGAAUUAGCUUCAAUUCCCUCCUUACUGUCAAUGGAUCCACGGGGAUUCCUUCACUCUGUCAGGAAAUGGUUUCCAAGUGUGAGCUCUUCAUGAUCUGUCUGGUGCAUCUCUGUGCUCCUGGGAUCGCCAAGUGCAGGCACGGCAUCACAUCCCCAAGUGUCAUCCUGUGACCCAGGAGGGGAAGAUGACACACCCAGUUUAGGUAAUGCCGCACUUCUUGUUAUAAUUGGUUAUUGGAAAAUGUGCCUUUAUUAUCAGAACAGUGGUGUGUGCAUUUCUGAUUAUGUAGCUAACCUUUGGAUAUCUGACUUACAUACUAAAAACAUUUGGAUGUUGCAGUUUUGCACUUGUAGAUACAAUUUAAAAGCAUGAAAUUGGUGAUUUAAUUAGAUGUUUUCUAUAAAAUGCACCGUGUUACAUUUCUGUGAAAGGCUCUUACCAGCGUGGAAUAACUGGCUCAAGGGUUGACGGUAACAACCAUUUUCUAAACAGUUGAUUGUUUAAAGGACUGUACACGUAAGUCUGGGAAAUAAAGGCUAUUGUGAAAAGUC